AUGGACGAGAAGAGUAUCAAAAGUGAAAUACUCAGCACAUCUUCUGAUGAAAGGAGGAUAUAUAAAUCAAGAAUUCAAAAGUUUAAAAAGUCACAUUUCCAUUAUGUUGUAUUAUUGUCUUCUAUUGCUGCAUUACAGUUUAUAGCAAUUGCAUUUUUUACAAGAGGAUUCUUAUUGACACGACAUGUUUUAAAUGACUUAACGCCACCUUUUAAUAAUACGCAUACACCUUACGAAGCAGAAUUCAACAAAGCUGUCAUAUUAAUAGUCGAUGCAUUGAGGUUUGAUUUUGUCAUACCAGUCGAAUCUGAUACUGCUAACCAAUACUAUCACAAUAACUUCCCUGUUCUUUAUGAUCAUUUUGUCCAAAGCAAUGGCGGAACUUCUAGCGAUUCCUCUAUUUUGUUGAAAUUUAUUGCAGAUCCACCUACCACUACUUUACAGAGGUUGAAAGGGUUAACGACUGGCUCCUUACCUACUUUUAUAGAUGCUGGCUCAAAUUUCAAUGGUAAUGUUAUAGAAGAAGAUAACCUCAUCAAACAGUUUUAUGAAAAUGGCAAAGAGGUACUCUUUGUGGGAGAUGAUACAUGGGAUGCCCUUUUCCAUCCAUUUCUGUCUAAUAACAGUGAGCCGUUUGAAUCAUUAAACGUAUGGGAUUUAGAUACUGUAGACAAUGGUGUUAUUAAUUUCUUCCGUGAUAAUCUAAUUAAUAGAAAUGAGAAAUCACACAAAUGGGAUGUCCUAAUAGGACAUAUGUUAGGGGUAGAUCAUGUUGGACACAAAUAUGGUCCAAACCAUUUCACAAUGAAAGAUAAGCAAAUCCAAGUUACCUCCUUUAUCAAUGAAAUUAUUUCAUCUUUGGAUGAUGAUACACUAUUAGUUGUCAUGGGUGACCAUGGGAUGGAUCAUACCGGUAACCACGGUGGUGAUUCAAUUGAUGAAUUAGAAAGUACAUUAUUUCUUUAUUCUAAAAGACCCAAUGCUUUUAGUGAAUCUAUCAAUGUUGAUGACUACUCUGUUACUAACAUGGGUAAAACAUAUAAACAAGUAAACCAAGUAGAUAUUGUUCCCACACUGUCGUAUUUACUCGGAACUCCAAUACCAUUCAACAGCUUGGGUUGGCCAAUUGAGGAGAUCUUUAAUUCAGAAAAUGGUAAACGUUCAAUGAUGAGAGCUGUCCUAGAGCAAUUAGAUACAUAUAAAGAUAAAAUGGGUAUUGACCUUGAAGAUGGUUUUGAAUUCGAUGGAACUAAAGAACAUACUACGGAACAGAUCUUGAACCGGGCAUACCUAUCUGGUGAUUUUGAGUUAGCUCAAAAGUACCAAACUAAAUUCCUAGAAAUCUGUAAAAAUUUGUGGGCCAGGUUCGAUUACCACAGUAUUGCAACGGGUGUAACAUUAAUGACAAUAUCUACGGUAUUAUUAUUAUCUGUGGCAAAGGUCAUACCUUCUAUUGUAAUAGAUCAAAUGGUACCGGAAUUCACACCUUGGAUUAUAAUAAUGACAUUGGUCUCAACAGCAUGUUUCCAUGGUAUAUAUUUUGUAUACCAUCAACCACCAUUUUUGAACAGUAUACUUUGGUCAACACUUUUUGGUGCAGCUAUUGGAAUUAUUAUUGGUUGUUGUAUUCCUAUAUUUGAUCGUUACAGUUUAGGUUGGAUUUUUAUUAGGUUUUUCCAAGAUCUAAUUGCUGAUUAUUGGACAUGUAUUGGAACCUUAGUAGUAUUAAUGCACGCAUUACUCUUUACUUCAAAUUCUUUUACAAUUUGGGAAGAUAAGAUUGUUUCAUAUUUACUUACAACAUUUGGUAUGCUAACUUUUUAUGAAUUUGUAUUUUUGCCAAAGAGACAAUCGACUACAGCUUUGUUGACUGCUAAGAUAAGUGAAAACGAGGGUACAACUUCUGGGGUGAGCUCGUCAGUUGCAAAUUCAAAUUCGUUACCCCUUUCUAGAUUUGCUAGAUUAUUAGGUGGCUAUCAUUCAUUGGUUUUACUUCUAUGCACAAGACUUGCAUCUUUAAUUACCAUUUGUCGUGGCGAACAAGGCGAAUAUUGUACACCAACAUUUACUAACAUUACCAAUUACUCAAAUUGGUGCAUGAUUCUUUGCUUUUUGAUCAUAUUUUUAAUACCUGCUUGCAUUAAAGGUUAUUACAACCUGACGUCAUCAUAUCAGGCCGCUGCGCCAAUUUGGAUAGAUAUAUUCCUAAAAGGUAUUUUGUUUAUUAAUUUCAUUUACUGGGGGUUGACAGCUGCUGAGAAUACUGUUAGUGACUUGGAUUAUGAUUUUACUAUAAUUAAAUUUACUAUUGCAAGAAUUAUAGCAGGGUUCACGCUGAUUGCUGUGAAUGCUGGCUGGUUGAUGGGUCCACUGUGUAUUAAAUUGAAUGUACACAACACUGAUGUAAAGUCACAUCAAGCUACAAUAUUAGGAUAUACUAAUAUAUAUGGUUCAGAAUAUUUCUUAUUGGUGAUCAACACUUUGAUGGCCUUAAUGUUAUAUAAUAAACCAUUAGCUCAAGUUUCAAUUUUCCUAAUGUGUAACCAACUGUUAUCGAUCUUAGAGAUCAUUGAUUUAUUAAAAUUGAAAGAAAACAUUAUUGGCCCUAUUAUAUUAGGACUGUUAUCGUAUCAACAAUUUUUCUCAACCGGCCAUCAGGCUACAAUUCCAUCAGUUCAAUGGGAUGUUGGCUUUAUCCUAACCGAUACUAUCACUUUCCCCUUCACCCAUAUUGCGAUAUUGUAUAAUACAUUCGGACCUCACAUCUUAGUAGCACUUUCCGUUGCCCUAUUAACACUAUGGAACCAACCACCAGACGUGUUGAAACCUCAAACGUUAUUAGGUAGAAUAGUCUCGAACAGUGGUAUUCUGCUAGCAUACCAUUCUAUAUUAUGCUUAAGUUCCUUUAUCUGGGUAACACAUUUCCGUAGACAUCUGAUGGUUUGGAAAAUAUUUUGUCCAAGGUUUUUGUUUGCAGCUUUAUCUUUAAUUGUGACACAAGUAGUAGUAACCUUUGGUACUGUUGCUUUUGCUAGCAGUAGAUUGAUAACGCAUAUUAAUAACAUAUUUUGGGGUUAA